UAUAUUGACGAAAGCUUUUGGUUAUUACGGAUCGAGUACUUGAUCAGGAACUUGUGGUUCAGUAGUGUGGCCGAAAAAUACCUAAAACACUGUAAUCGAUCCUCUUGAAAUUCUAGUUAUAAAUUGACGGAACUAGAUAGAGCGACUAUUCAAUACAAGCUGGCAACAAGACGACAACCGACAGAAGUAGCCAACAGAUCUCUGAUUGGACAUUAAUAUCAAAAGAAAGUAUGCAGCGUCCUGACAAGCGACCUCGUUUAGAUGUAAACCACAGCCUGAGUGCCGAUACCAUACUGCGCGCACAGAAAUAUGGGUCUUUUGACUGGCAUUCAAUAGCCCCAAAACCAGUCUUUGAUUAUCUUCAAACCCUGGCCCACAGUGUGUCAUGUUCUCCAGAGCAAGUCUUCAUGGGCUUCCUGGCCGUAAUUCCUGGUCUUCUUGGAGGCAAAACUAAACUAGUGGUGCGAUCAGCCUACAAAGAACCUCCCAUGAUAUAUAGUGCCUGUUUGGUCGAUCCUGGCGCGGGAAAGUCUGCAGCUUUUGACUUGGUAAUAAACCCCUUGCACCUUCAGCACCUCAGUUAUGACCACACCCACUGCGGGAUAGGCGACAAAAUUCUACAUUUUUAUCACUCUCUGGAUCAUCUAUUCCUUGUCUCAGUGGAACAUCCAUCUGGUACCGUUCUCUUUAGUCCAAGACUGGAUAAGUUCCUAAAACAUAUUCUAGGUGAAAGCGAAGAAAAAGCCGCGCAUGAAAGAGAAGUAUUUUGCGCACUACAUGAUGGAAUGAGCAAGUGGAAAUCAUGGUCGACGUCCGACGACAACAAAAAUAUACCCCACGAUGGAGUGAUAGACCCUUGCGUGGUUAUUGGCGGCUACAGCCGGCCUGAGUCCUUCAGUGAGACCUACCUUAGUCUCUUGAGUAAAGAUGAAGGAUUAGCUGAUCGUUUUCUUCUUGCAACUCCUCCUCCAGUUGCCUUGAAGGAAGAAGAAAUGGACCAUUGUGAAGACGUCUUAAAAUUAAUGUAUCAUACUGUUGACUUGUCGAAAAUGUAUCAAUUUAUUUGGAAGACGCAUAAUGAACAUAGUGACUCAAAAGUAUACUUUCUUUCGUUUAAAGCUAAAACUUUAUAUAACGAAUAUUCAAAUGAGAUAGCGAAUAAGCUUAACGAGCAAUGGAAGACUCGAGCAACAUUGUCUGGCGCCCUCUCAAAAGACAGGAGGACAGUUCUUCGUCUAGCUCUAAAUAUCCAUGUGUUUUACCAUGUCCUUGGGGAGAUGCUAGGAGGCCGUGAGUUGAAACAGAUUCCAACCCAGAUAGAAGAGACUGUCAUGAGACAAGCUGUAGAACUCACCAAGUACUUUGUAAAACAACGCAACAUUCAUAGACAGUGUGACCGCGAAGAAGCCGCCACAAAAGUGCCAAACGCACCCAAAGCACCUAAAGCUGAAAACGUCGGACACGAACCAUAUGACGAAGCCAGCAAUCUGAAAUAUAAAAAGAAGAUUCUCCUCCACCCUGGUCCGUUCGUCAAGACAAGAAAUAUGCUGAGGACCAUUACGAGUGGGAGUCGUCAUAUCAACAGCGACAAGGUAAGGCAGUUAAUGCAAGAGCUGGAAGAUGAGGGUUAUGGCGAACUACACACUAAAGGUGGAAAAGCACCAACUUUCCUUAAAGUUGUACCAAUCAAACUCCCUCGGCCAUCGAUAAUAGAUCCUGUCAAAUAUCAAGAAGUUUUCAACAGUGUGGAUAAUGCGCUACAGCCACAUGAAAAAGCAGCUUUUAUAGAACUAUACCGUGACAAAGAUUUGCUGCAGUUUUGUCAGUCAACUCCGAUAGUAGAAGUUUCCAUGUCAAGUCAUCCAGUACAAGCUCCUGGGAUUCUAGUGAAAGAACAAGUCGCAAACAGCUACACCAACGCUUAAAUGCAAUAUUGACAUUAUCAUCAGUGUUUAAAUAUUCACAAAUACCAACGGUAAAGUAAAGGAGAAGGGGUUGGCACGUUCCACCAACGUCUGGUGGCCCCACACCUCUGGUGGCCCCUGUACCAUUUUCUCCGCGGCAAUACAACCUGUGAUUACGAAACUUGGCAGGGAUGUAGUCACGUGCCCUGUCAGUCACCCCAACGAUUUUGGGUGUAUGACGUCACAUAUCACGUGACUUGCUAAGAUAACAUUAUCGCUAGUUUUUGAAAUAAACCUUUUUUGACGUUAUUACACUACCAAAGUCUUUGUAUGCCAACGCUGAUGGUAACCAACCCCCCUGGCAGCGUGACGUCACAGGUCACGUGACCUAUAAAUAGCGUUUUAUGGCUAAACCAUGACGAUAAACCGUCCAUAAAACUACUUACAAAGACACAAGAUAGAAAUUGAACAUUUCUCAUGCCGUAUCAUCAGAAAAAAUCUGUUAACAUUUGGUCAGCUACGAUUUCAAGCUCACGCCCCCUCAUGUAAGCCCAUACAAAUUAUGUC